UUUUAUUUUAUAAAAUAAAACAAGAUAAGGAAGCUUUCAGAAACAACACCGGAAGUAAAUGUGAACGAUAUAUCUCACGUAGAAACUCUGCAGAUUCAUUAGUAGCACGUUGCGUUUGACGUGCAAAAGGACCUCACUCGCCUUCCUGUUUGAGCUUUGUCUUUUCUCUCUUGCAGGUACAAGCGUCUUGUAAAGUUUUUUUUUUACACCGAAAGCUACACAGAGAGGGCACACAGAACUGUGGAAACUGUUCCUCUCUGACUUGUUACUAUUAUGGCUGGUAGCACCAAUAAGACUGUGCACGAUAUUUUUCAAAGCAUGGAGUAUGGACCAGCAGCAGCUUCCAGCACUGCCACUGCACAGGCUUGGCUGGGUCACCAUUCCCGUUCUCUGGGUCUGUUCAUCGAUGGCAAGUUCAUCCGUCCAGCAGGCAGACAAAGUCGUGCUCUGACUGAUUCUAAAGGUGAGAAUGUGUGCAGCACAGUGUGCACUGUGGACGAUGAUGUCUCCCAGUGUGCCUCCUCCUCUGUCAGCGGCUAUGAGGCUUGGAGUGGACUGACCUGUUACGAGAGAGCCAAAGUGUUGCUCAAGAUGGUGAGCGUUCUAGGGCAGCACGGUCAGUGUGUGUCAGAGCUGUGUGAGGCGUGCGGCACCUCCUGCUCGACUGCCACCCUUGUCAGACUGCUGCAGUACUACAGCAGCUGGGCUCAGCUCAGAGACACCCUCAUUCCCAGAUGGACUCCACUCGGUGUGGUGGCAGUAGUUGUCUCUGAUGACUGCUCUCUUUAUUCCCUGAUGUUCAAAGUCAUUCCAGCACUGGCCAUGGGAAACUCUGUCAUCGUCGUCCCUGGUCAGAACACUGCUCCUCCAGUGCUGCUGCUCGCUCAGCUGUUAAUGGGAGCAGGACUCCCAGCUGGAGCUCUGAAUGUUUUAACAGGAUGUGACGUAUCCCUUGGCGCCAAAGUGGCCCAAAGCCCCAGCAUCAGUCGCAUCACCUACAGCGGCAACAAGCAGGAUGGGGUGAUGCUGUGCAAGGGAACAGCUGGAAUGGGUGUUCCUGUUUCCUUCUCCCCCUUUAUCGGUGCUACAUGUCCCUUCAUCGUGUUUGAGUCGGCCGACAUUGACAGUGCUGUGGAUGGAGUGAUUGAAACAGCCUUCAAGAAGAAAAGAGAGGUCAACUGGGUGUUGUGUGUGCAGGAGAGUGUGCUGGACAGUGUUAUGGCCCGUCUCAAGCUGCGCAUGGCAGGGAUGAAGUGCGUGGGUUUGAACGGUGAUGAAGAGAGGGAACAAGUGGAGGCUGUAGUACUGGAAGCUCAGCAGCAGGGGGCAACGUUGAUUCAGCCCUGCGCUGCUCCUCCAUCAGGUGCUCAGUACCCUCCCACAGUGCUCUGUGGGGCAGCCCCCGCCUCUCCGUUUGUGGUCAAUCCCUCCAACGGACCACUGCUGCCUCUCAUGGCUUUUAGAAGUAAUACAGAAGCAGUGACUCUGGGAAAUCACAGUCGUCAUGGGAAGGCAGCUUCUAUCUGGACCGAAGACCUCACACUGGCUCUGGAGACAGCUAAGAGUCUGUCAGUUGGCUCAGUUUGGGUGAAUUCCCACUCUGUGUGCGACCCCUGUCUGCCUGUAUCUGGUCACAAAGACAGCGGGACCUGCACUGAUGGAGGACAGGAGGGUCUGUACCAGUUUCUACACCCAUCCUCUUCUUCCUCUCAUCCUCUACCUCACUCAUCUCCUGUCUCUAUGGACUACUCAAAAUUUGGAACAGCAGCAUCCCCAGCUGUCCUUCCUGAUGACACAGAUCCUGCAACUGCUCCAAAGUGUUACCUGCAAUUUGUCGGAGGUAAGGCAUGUAAAUCAGUGAAUGGCAGUAGUGUGGCCGUUCAGUCACCAGGGAGCGGAAGCGUGUUGGCCUAUUGUCCAGAUGGAGGCCGAAAAGACGUCCGCAAUGCUGUGGAGGCCGCUGUCAAAGUCCAGCCUGGAUGGAUGAAAAAGAGUCCAUCUGCACGUGCUCAGUCGCUCUACUCUCUGGCUAAAGGCCUGGAAGCAAAGAGGCAGGACUUAUAUGCAUCAAUCAAUGCCUCCACAACUCUCUCAAUCAAUGAGGUUGAGAUAGAGGUGGAGCUAAGCAUCAGCAGACUCAAUGAUUGGGCAGCGUACUGUGACAAAGUCCAAGGAGGUGCUUUGCCGAUGCCUCAGUCUGGCUCUGCUCUCUCCUACGCUGACGCCCUAGGAGUCGUUGGGGUUGUUCUCCCUGACAAGAAUCCCCUCCUGUCCUUGGUAACAGUUCUUGGGGCAACUGUCGCAACUGGCAAUGCCAUUAUUUUGGUCCCCAGUCAGAGGUUCACGCUACCUGCUUUGGCAUUCAUUCAGGUGCUCCAAGCUUCAGAUCUGCCAGCAGGUUUGGUGAAUGUCAUCACUGGAAGUAGAGACCAACUGACGGCAGCUCUGGCCAAUCACAGUGUCAUCAAAGCCAUCUGGUACUGGGGCAGCGCUGAGGGCUGUCAGUACCUUCAGCACACCUGCACCAGCCCCCUGAAAACCUUGCACCUGUUCUGCCAAAACAACAAUGGGGAAGAAGGAGGAAAGGACUGGAGUCACUCUGCAGUCCUGGAAGAGAUGUGGAGAAAUGCUGUCCAGUGGAAAAGUGUCUGGAUUCCUACAGCAUAAGAACACAAAGGGAGACGAAAUUAGGAAUGAAUAUCAACAAAGACAGCUGUAUCAUCAGCCUUUAUAGUUACACUGUGACCUGUACGAUACAGAUUUAACAGGAAGGAUCAACUAAAAACAAGAUGUUGGUAGAAUUACCUCAAAACUAACACAACCCCACCCUCCCUAAUUACUGCUACACCUUUCAAGCUUACUGUUGCAUAGGCAGAUUACAAAGCAAUGCUUCUACUCUGAUAACACCCUGUACCUGCUUUCAUUCAGCAAAGAAAUUGUACAGUGUAGAGGUGCUAGUUGUUCACUUUGCAUUUGUAAGGCAUGGUUACUUCUUUUUAAAAAUGCAUGAUUUUGUUAACUCCACAUGCUAACUAUUGGCAAAACUCACCAAGUGGUCAUGGUUGUUAGGUUAAGAGUGGAAAAUUAUAUUUUUGCACCAGAAAUCAACCAUCUAUGCAACCUUAUGUAUUAGGUACUUUGACAAAGGCUAGCAGAAAAAAACACUACUUGACUUCUACAAAAGCAAAGAAAAACAAGUUAGCAUAAAAGCUACAGCUGAGGAAGUGUAAUUAUUGAAAUACCCAGUACAGUCAUACAUUUUUGAUAGUGUCCAAAGGGCCUCAUCAGCCUAAAGUUCUACUCAGAGCAUAGCAUCCAAUCUUAAAAUCAAGUAGGAAUAUAAAGGAGUCCUUCUUCCUUUGUAUUUGAACUUAAGCUCAACAUAAUAAAACAUAACAAAGGAUUAAAAUGCUCCUAGAAACCUGAUGGGAAUCCUGCCAAACAAAAGUAAAUACCACCGUCGUUUUUUAUUAUGAUAACAUCGACCAGUUUUGGUUAGGAGUCCACUUGUAAGACACCAGGGAGGGGAUUAGCAUGUUGUGGGCUAGUGAGCAAAUUGGUACAGUAUGAGAUUUGACAGAUUAAAAAUUGUGGUGAUGGUUCAAUUUUGGUUGAGUUGUGUAAAAAAAUAAAAAAAAGUAAAAAGCACUUAAUAUAGAAAGAUAUGAGAUUUGACAGGUUUUUCAUGAAACAUAAUACUUCUUUUGUUAAGGGUUUUCUGCUUGCAGCAUUGCUGAUGUAUGAAUGUUGUAUGAAUAAUGGGACUAGUACUGAAAUGGUUGACAUCCACAAGGAGGAAGUCUUAAAAGAAGAUUUCUUCAUUCCAAUGAAGACGGUCAGUGGAGGAUAUUCCUCUCAGUGCCACAUCCACCUGAUAUUUGCUAUCACUCUGCUGUUUAUGCAAUCACAAACACAUGACCGGAUGACUUUCUACCUCUAUCUUUAGCAGUCAACUACAUUUUAUACAGUUGUUACACCUCUGUUGUUUUGCAGUUAGCAGAGCCCUGGAUCAAAAAGCACUUAGAGUCCUCUUGAUACUUGGAAGUAUGGGACACGGUAUUAUAUUUAAAUGUCUCAGUUAAAACAGAUGUGGUAUUAUUUCCCCCACAAAUGUAUCUCUUUUAUCAGUCAACUUGAAAAUGCACCUGCCUUAGAGUUCUGUCAAUAACUCAGCAAAAGUCUAUCCAUCAUGUUAACUUAAUCUGAACACACAAAAAUAUUAUUCUGUACUGUGUGUCAUUAUAACUGUAUAGUAAUACUAUAGUUUUUAGCCAUUGAAGUGCUCUUGCAGCAAACAUUCCCUAUAAAAAUGUAGUCUGUUUCCAUAUCCAGGUUUAUGUUGAAAAAGAUGUGUAACAGAUCUGUCCUUGUGUUUGAAGAAAAAGACACCAUGGGUCUUCACUGUCAAAAAUGCCAUCAAUAAAAUAACACAGCUUAAUGAGUUUA